GUCUUUUUACACUUCAGGUCCCUAAAGAAACACCUGGAGAGCACUUUGAAGGACUUCAAAUGCUCACAAGUCUUCUUGCACCAAAAGGCUCCCGUUCAGCAAAACCACUGGUGGAAGAUGUGAGCAUGGGAGCCUGCUGUAAAGGUGCUGGAGAUGAAGAAGAAGAAGAUGAUGAAGAAUUUGACUGGCAGAUUGAACAGGAAGUUUACACAGAGAGAUCUGAAGAAGAGCUGAGUGUCCUGCAGAAAUAUGGUUUUGGUAACCAGAGAUCUGGGGUAUUUGCACGAUUACAGGAGGAACUCAGUGAUGUGAUUGACCUUAAGAACCCAGAGGGAACAUCAGCAGCAGAGAGACGUCAGGCUCGGCUGGAAGCAGAAGCAUCAGCCUUCUCUCCAGACCAUUACCUGGCUGAUUUGUUUGAAGAUGAUGAGAUAAAUCGGCUGCUGAAGUUUAAGCCAUGGUGGGCGAAGCUGGCUGCCUCUACAGASGAAGAGGAGGAAUGUGCUGUGACCUUCACCGAGGAAGAGAAAGAGCAGCUGAGAAAAUUCACAAACCACUCCUACCUGUUGGACAAGAAGUCUCGGUACCAAGCGUGGCUCAGCCUUGUGGACAUCCUGMUGGCUUACUCCUAUGAAGUGCGCUCCACAGAGGGGGAGCACAAUGUGGAGUCACCGUGGACUAUCAGGAAACUCAGUGGGACUCUGUGCUGGCUGSAGACAUAUAACUCCCUGCAAGAGGUCCUGGUGUCUUUUGGAAGGAGGGUUAUGUGCUACCCACUCUACAGACACUUUGCUUUGGUCACCUCAGUUAUUCGUGACACAACUGAUAUUUUGCAGUCAGGGAAAACCUGUGUCCUCAAAUGCCUGCUGGACAUCCACAAAAUCUUCCGAGAUAAUGACCCAGCCUACAUACUGAAUGAUCUGUACAUCAGCGACUAUUGCAUCUGGAUCCAGAGAGUCAAGUCCAAGAAGGUGACGGCGCUGGUCGCCUCGUUACAAAAAGCCUCGCUGCAAAAAAGAGACUUGGAGCUGGAGCUGGAUGAGCUGGAGAAGGCAGCCAGGAUGGUGAUGGAAGAGGAGCAGGGAGCCGCCGACACGUCUGAAUCCUGCAGUGGCAGCAGCAGCAGCAGCAGCAGCGAGUCAUCCAGCGAGAGCGAGGAUCCUGAGACUGAAGGACUAGGCUGCUCCAAAUCCACAGAGGAGGGAGGAGGAGGAGGAGGAGGAGAGGCAUGUAAAGACAGCCCCCCUGCCUCUCCCAUCCCCCAAACACUCUCCAGCACACUCUCGUCAGCAGAGCAGUUGAAAGCGGACGCCCCUCGCUCAGACUCGGGGGGCUGCAGGCAGCUGAUCCAGGAGCUGGGGGAACAUUUAACAGAGGAGCUGAGGAUCUCUGCAGACGCUCGGCAUUCACAGGAGGAGGAGGAGGAGGAGGAGGGACGAACAUCUGGGAGGAGCAGUGGGGGGGCUUUCUUAGAGCUCAGCCCUCGCAGAAACCCUCUGCUCAUCGUUGAGACGCAGGACCAACUCCAGCAGGACUUUAUGAGCUAAAACCAC